AUGUCGUCGGCGUCGGCGUCGGCGUCCGGGUUCGCGGCGAGCGCGAACGCGAGGAGCGCGAGGAGGGGGACGCCGGGCGUUUCGGGCGCGUUUCGGGCGUAUCGAGCGCCCCCGCCCGGGUUCAUGGGAAGCGCGUUCGGCGGCCGACGCGGGGGUUUCGGAGACGAAAAUCAAGCGCUGUGGGGCUUGAUCGCGGCGAACGGCGCGGUGUACUACGCUUGGGCGGUGAGCGAGGACACGAGGUUCAUGCGGAAGAACUUCAUGGUGAGCGAAGAGGCGCUCGCGCGAGGGCGAUAUCACACGAUGCUCACGUCGGCGUUCUCGCACUUCGAUCUCACGCACCUCGGGAUGAACAUGAUUGCGUUGUAUUUCUUCGGCAAGAGCGUGUGCGAACGCUUCGGAGGGAGGUACCUAUUGACGCUGUACUGCGUCGGAGGCGUCGGCGCGAGCGUGGCGCACGUGCUUUGGUGCCGGCAACAGCGUCGCCGAAGAGUGACGAGAUACAAAGAGGGACGAGGAAAUAUUUUUGAUCGAAUGGAUGCGUACGUGUCGAGGUUCAUCGAAGAAAGAGGUGCGAGUCGUGGGUACUAUUUCACGCCCGCCGCGCUCGGAGCGAGCGGCGCGGUGAACGCCAUCGUGGCGUUUGAGGUCCUACUAUAUCCAUUUCGAACCAUUCUGCUAUACGCGAUUCUCCCGGUGCCGAGCAUCUUAUUGGGAGGAUUGUUCUUGUUGCGAGACAUUGUGGGGAUCCAGGAUUCGCAAGGUUCUGGCGUCGCUCACGCCGGUCAUCUUGGUGGAGCGGCUGUCGGCGCCUUAGCAUUCGCAUCGAUCCGCACGCGGCUUCGAUGGGGUAGGUACUGA